ACAAUUUGAUUCUAAAGGGACUUCUGACUCCUUUUUCUCAAUGAGGCACCACGUCUGAGCUGACGGCUUCCAUCUACCUCACUGUGUAAUAAAAACACACAAUCGCUGACGCUGGGAUACCCCUCCCAGACCUGAUUCGUAUUCAAGCUCUGUUCGUAUCGGCCUCGGAGCUCCGGGAGCUCUGGGAACAGCCAUGGCCGAUUCAGCAAUAUCCCUGAUUGACGCCCCCAAAACACUCAAGGAUCGUGCAGUCUCGUAUCAUGGCCGGGUCCCUGUCCUGCGGAAACUCCCGUUUCCCGCCGUGGCUAUCAUUCUCACCUUGAUUUUGGUAAACGCUCUUGUUUGGGUAGCAGUUGGUAUUGUCCUUCAUUUUCAUACGGCACUCGUUUCUACAGCUGUGUUGUCAUACACAUUAGGUCUCCGCCAUGCAUUGGACGCUGAUCAUAUUUCCGCCAUUGACCUAAUGACUCGGCGUCUUAUUGCAUCUGGUAAACGACCUGCUACAGUAGGCACAUUCUUCUCCCUCGGGCACUCAACAAUCGUCAUCAUCACAUCAAUUGUCGUAGCAGCUACAGCCGCAGCGAUUAGUGAGAAAUUUGACAAAUACAGCCGCGUCGGGGGGAUCAUUGGCACCGCUGUCUCCGCCGGCUUCCUCAUCCUGCUCGGCAUCAUGAAUAUCUACAUUCUGUAUAAACUCGUCCAGCAGCUGCGGAAAUUAAUUGCCUCUCACCCCGGCGAAGAAGAGGGGUUCAAGAUCCAGGGCGCCGGGUGUCUGUUUCAUCUUUUUAAAAAGAUGUUUAAACUCAUUGACAGUCCAUGGAAAAUGUACCCCCUCGGCGUCCUCUUCGGUCUCGGCUUCGACACCUCCUCCGAGAUCGCCCUACUGGGCAUCGCCUCCAUCCAAGCCGCCAAGGGGACCAGCGUCUGGCUGAUCCUGCUAUUCCCCAUUCUGUUCACGGCGGGGAUGUGUCUGCUCGACACGACCGACGGCGCGCUGAUGAUGACACUGUACACCUCGACCUCGCUCGCGCGCGACCACAUUGCCAUCCUGUACUACUCCAUCGUGCUGACUGCCAUCACCGUCUGCGUUGCGCUCGUCAUUGGCGUCAUCCAGCUGCUCUCGCUCGUGCAGAACGUCGCCGAGCCCUCGGGCACUUUCUGGGACGGCGUCGCCGCCGCGGGCGACCAUUUUGACAUUAUCGGCGGCGCGAUAUGCGGGUCGUUUAUCUUCUUUGGCGCCCUCAGCGUCGUUUUGUAUGGUCCCUGGCGGCGGCGCGUAGAUCGGCGUCGUAUGUCCCAUCCCCCUCAUCCUCUUCAUCUGCCUCAUGAUCAUUAUCAUGCCGCCGCCGACGAGGCCGAGGUUGGAACAGCUGGGUGCUCAGCCGAAGACGGUGUGGUUGGACCGCAUGAUCACCUGUCGGAAGCUGGAUACUUGGAUGCUGAGACGGCGUCGUUGGCGGGACUUGACCGGGAGCGUGACCAGGAGCGGGGACUGGAACUAGAAAUUGAGCGCGAAAUGGCCUCGGAUGUAGCUCAGGACCAGAGUCUGCAUGGACCUAUCGCAGCAGCCACGCCGCGGGAUAAGACUAUGACGCAGCAGGAUACGAGCAAAGACGGCAAAACUACAAAGACAAAUGUAACUGUGCGAUCAAUCGAGGAAUCGCCGGAGGAAGAGACAGGGCCAGGUACAUCUGCACAUGCACAUGCAAAUGCAACUGCAAUUACGCCGUCGUCAUCAUCUUCUGCGAGAUAAAGGCGUCGUGUUAAUAAAAGGUGUGUGUAAAAAGACAUACAAACAACUUGUGUUAGAAGAAGGGAUGUUACAUAUCGGACAUAUAGUGAUAGGAGUGGCUGUCGAUACAAUAAACUAUACAUUACAUCUAACUUUCAAUGACAUCACUGAAUGGCAAGCACGGAGCGG